AUGUCAGCCGAGCAGUGCUUCAGGGUAAGUACCGCUGUCGUUAGUAAUGCAUCUUCCACAUGCCAGAUUGCCAUCCAAACGACCUCAGUGAGGAAGCGACUGCGCAAAUAUUUAUCGCCUCUGGACCAGUCGAAUUUUGACCUGGCCCUUCCAAAAUUCGCCCUAAACAAUCCAAUCAUUGUGUACCUAGACGACAGCUGGGUGGAGAAGAAGUUGGCGAUUGAGGAGGUGCUAUUGCGGUCGCCUGAUGUGGUGACGGAACUUGAGCUCUGGAAUGAGGGACCCGUGUAUGGAAAGGGAAUCAAGAGUUUUCUGGAUGAAUUCAUCAGCAUGCCCUUUGUGAACGUGGUCUCGGUGUAUUUCAGUGAUCAGUGUAUCAGCACGGCAGAUUAUUUUACCUACUUUAGAAACCAGAAUCUGCCCCGACUGCGCCAUCUAAGUUUGUGUCUGUACCACAUGCCGGAUGUCCUUGUAACUGCGGGUAUUGAUACGGAGGUGGGUUGUUUCCCGUCUCUGGAUGAAGCAACUGUUCAAGUGGCUGGACGCUGGUGUUUUAGCUGUUUUCGUGCAGUGUUGAAACAUCUCAGAAGUACUAGACAACUUGUUUUGUUGGGCACCUGUCUAUCUAUCUCUGGCAUAUGCUGCUCUGCCACAAAAGUAGACUUUUCUUUCCAGCAUCUUCGGAAACUACAAACAUCGCUCAAAUUCUUCUCUCAUAAAAAACUGAGUGAAGGAAUCCAAUUUCCGAGUCUUGAACUUGUUGUUCUUCAUUGCACCGAGGUGUCUGCCUACCUGAAGAAGAAGAAGAAGUACAAUUCACUUUUUCCAAAUGCUAAAGUACACUUUGGCUUUGGAAGUGGCUUUGGGAACGAUGACCCAAAUGAUUGUGGAGCCAGUUGUGGCCAGAGUCUGACAUUUACAGAUUCUGAUGACGUCUCUGCAUGUCCCUCGGGGGUGAGGUUCAUGGGCUGCAGCAAACUCUAUCUCAAUGAUGACCGAAUUGUUCCGCUCUCCCUCAAGGCAGUUCACCUGGAAUUUUGCCUUGAACCGAUCAUCAAUAAUCGUCGUCGUCGGCGUCGUGGAGGCGUUUCCCUUGAAAAGAGUGACAUUGAAGAGAUCAUGUUGAGGGCUGAUGUAGGAAUUUCCGGCCUUCGAUGCGCCCUGACUUCAGUGAAGAGACCCCAUAGGGAAACUGUAGUCCAGAACUUUGGAACGGUGGCCAGGUUGAAAUUCCUACCCCUUUUGACUGCCCAAAAGAAUACACUCACCUCAGUGGACAUCUCAGCGGAGUUACUUAUUGGUUGCAUCAAAGAUCAGCAGGCGUUGAGACAGAUUAUGAGCCUUCGUGGUCAACUGUCCAAUGUGAGUGAGUUAGUGGCCUAUUCGUCAGAUGACCUGAAUAGCGGCCUCAUCGGUGUGCCAAGCAUUCAGGCUGUUGAGCUUCAACCGUUUCUGGAGAUGUUUCCAUCCCUUCGACACCUUGAGAUACACGUGGAAUAUUGGUUUUUGAGGACGAAUGUCGAUGAUUUCUGUAGCGUUUGUCCAUGCUUGAAAACACUUUUUUGUUAUUCAGGCAGCUACGGAGAUGCUUGGAUGACUGGGAGGGUUUUGCCCUGGAGGUUAGAUAUAUUCCACUGGUUACUUACUGGCACAUUAACUACUGAGCAUCUAUCUGCCCUUGCCGGCUGCCUGCAGGCAUCUUAUAUCCUUCUGCAUCUCACCACCAGUGAACCCAGGUUGGAGAGGGAGCACGUGGAGGCUGUGUUUGCAAGUAUGUCCUGUCUACGCUGGCUUGUUCUGGUUUGGGAAUUGCGCGAACGAACCUGGAUUUGCAGUCGGUCGGCGGGUGGCCAGACGGUUGACAUUGUGCCAGUGAGUACCGUGCAGUGGGCGGAUCUUUUCCCAAUGUGUCCUCAACUAUUUUCAGUACUCUGGGUUGGAUACAUGAACUGUUCUCGCGUCCGCUUCCCCUUUCUAUAG